AUGCGAGCGAGGAGGCGAGGCGGGGGACGUGUGGGUGUUGGCGAGGGGCUGCGUGCUCGCGGGCGUGAAGGCUUGCAGGGGAGGGGAGCUACUAUGGUAGGUGGUCGCGUGCUCUGUGGGGAGCCGCCGCGUCUUGGUCGGUUCUACAACCGUGGUUCGUUGGCGAGAGAGGCCGAGGGUGGUGGGCGUUUUGGGUGGCUAUAG